AGCGCGCUCCGUAAUUUACAUCUCGUGGCCCCCCCCCGAGAGCGUGUUUGCUCUUCCUCCAAGGCACCAGCUUCCGUUCGUUGCGUGUGCCUGUGUGUUGGUGUGUACGUGUGAUUUUUGUAAGUGUGCGCUGCUGGAAACCCGUAAACCACCGUUCCGUAGUCAAAGAGAGUAUCCGCGCAGCGCAGAUGGAGCACCAGAACCAAGAUCUCGGCUCGCACCCGGGCAACAACCAGGCGGAGGUGCCAAAUGACCCAGGAAAAAUGUUCAUCGGCGGUCUCAGUUGGCAAACAAGUCCAGAAAGUUUGAGGGACUACUUCAGCAAAUUCGGCGAAAUCACAGAAGUUAUGGUCAUGAAAGAUCCCACCACCAGACGAUCGAGCUCGUCUGCGAUGGGAUUGGCUGAUUCCUCGGCUCCACUGUACUCGCGGCCCAGGUAG